AUGGCGUACAGAGGCAGCGUCAAACCCUACGUCAACUUCAACGCCAAACACGACGCCGAGAUCCUCCACAAGGCCAUGAAAGGAAUCGGAACGGAUGAAGACGCCGUCCUGAUGCUGCUGACGUCGAGGACCAAUGAUCAACGGCAGCAGAUAAAGGCGGCCUACAAGAAGGCGCACGGGAAGGAGCUGGUGAGUGCCCUGAAGUCGGAGCUGGGGGGUCUGUUCGAGGACCUGAUCGUGGCCCUCAUGACCCCCAGGACCCUCUACGACGCCACGCUGCUGCACAAGGCCCUGAAGGUGAAAGCCCUGGUCCCUGACAGUCUGGUCCCUGACAGUCUGGUCCCUGACAGUCUGGUCCCUGACAGUCUGGUCCCUGACAGCCUGGUCCCUGACAGCCUGGUCCCUGACAGCCUGGUCCCUGACAGUCUGGUCCCUGACAGUCUGGUCCCUGACAGUCUGGUCCCUGACAGCCUGGUCCCUGACAGUCUGGUCCCUGACAGCCUGGUCCCUGACAGCCUGGUCCCUGGCAGUCUCCCUGACAGCCUGAUCCCUGACAGCCUGGUCCCUGACAGUCUGGUCCCUGACAGUCUGGUCCCUGACAGUCUGGUCCCUGACAGUCUGGUCCCUGACAGCCUGGUCCCUGACAGUCUGGUCCCUGACAGUCUGGUCCCUGACAGCCUGGUCCCUGACAGUCUGGUCCCUGACAGUCUGGUCCCUGACAGCCUGGUCCCUGACAGCCUGGUCCCUGACAGCCUGGUCCCUGACAGCCUGGUCCCUGACAGCCUGGUCCCUGACAGCCUGGUCCCUGACAGUCUGGUCCCUGACAGUCUGGUCCCUGACAGUCUGGUCCCUGACAGCCUGGUCCCUGACAGCCUGGUCCCUGACAGUCUGGUCCCUGACAGCCUGGUCCCUGACAGUCUGGUCCCUGAUAGCCUGGUCCCUGACAGCCUGGUCCCUGACAGUCUGGUCCCUGACAGCCUGGUCCCUGACAGUCUGGUCCCUGACAGUCUGGUCCCUGACAGUCUGGUCCCUGACAGUCUGGUCCCUGACAGUCUGGUCCCUGACAGCCUGGUCCCUGACAGCCUGGUCCCUGACAGCCUGGUCCCUGACAGCCUGGUCCCUGACAGUCUGGUCCCUGACAGCCUGGUCCCUGACAGUCUGGUCCCUGACAGUCUGGUCCCUGACAGUCUGGUCCCUGACAGCCUGAUCCCUGACAGCCUGGUCCCUGACAGUCUGGUCCCUGACAGUCUGGUCCCUGACAGCCUGGUCCCUGACAGCCUGGUCCCUGACAGUCUGGUCCCUGACAGUCUGGUCCCUGACAGUCUGGUCCCUGACAGCCUGGUCCCUGACAGUCUGGUCCCUGACAGCCUGGUCCCUGACAGCCUGGUCCCUGACAGUCUGGUCCCUGACAGCCUGGUCCCUGACAGUCUGGUCCCUGACAGCCUGGUCCCUGACAGCCUGGUCCCUGACAGUCUGGUCCCUGACAGUCUGGUCCCUGACAGUCUGGUCCCUGACAGUCUGGUCCCUGACAGUCUGGUCCCUGACAGUCUGGUCCCUGACAGCCUGGUCCCUGACAGUCUGGUCCCUGACAGCCUGGUCCCUGACAGCCUGGUCCCUGACAGCCUGGUCCCUGACAGUCUGGUCCCUGACAGCCUGGUCCCUGACAGUCUGGUCCCUGACAGUCUGGUCCCUGACAGUCUGGUCCCUGACAGUCUGGUCCCUGACAGCCUGGGCGCAGGGACUAAUGAUGAAGUGCUGAUCGAAGUCAUAGCCUCCAGGACUCCAGAGGAAAUCAAAAACAUCAUCAAAGUUUACAAGAAAGAGUUCGGUAACAAACUGGAGAAGGACGUCUGCGGCGACACAUCAGGACAUUACCAGAAACUGCUGAUUAUUCUGCUGCAGGCGAACAGAGAGGAGGAUGUGGACGAAGGGAAGAUUGAAAAGGAUGCAAAGGACUUGUACGCCGCCGGAGAGGGCAAGUUCGGCACCGAAGAGGACAAAAUCAUCAACAUCCUCGGAAACCGCAGCCUAGAGCAUCUCCUCAAAGUCUUCGCCGCCUACAAGAAGAUUGCCGGCUGCGAUAUUGAGGAGAGCGUGGAAGGGGAGACCACAGGGAAUUUGGAGAAUUUGCUCCUUGCUGUUGUGAAAUGCACCAAGAGUGUUCCCGUCUACUUUGCUGAAGUCCUGUACCAGUCCAUGCGGCGCGCAGGGACUGACGACGACACCUUGAUGCGUGUGAUGGUGUCGAGAAGCGAAGUCGACAUGUUGGACAUCAGGGAGGCUUUCAAGAAGAAGUACGGAGCCUCACUCUACAGCACCAUCCAGGAGGACACGGAGGGGGAUUAUCAGAAGGCUCUGCUGUAUCUCUGUGGGGGCCAGGACUAA